AUGCAGAUCGAACCGCCGCUCGCAAUGGAAUCACCUGCCUCCGAGCUCCAAAUCCACAAGGCCGCAUUCUUCUUCAAACUAGAGCGUGAGCUCGAGAAGAUCAAUGCAUUUUACCUGCAGAAGGAGUCGGAGCUGCGCGAGCGUCUAACCACACUUAUCACCAAGAAACGACAUCUGAUUACACUCGCAACAGGCCGCAUUACGCCGAACGGUGUGCGCGUCGCGCGUUCUGUGGUGGUAACGCGCGACUCGCCGUCGCUUGUUGCGCUUUUUGAAGGAUUUCGCUACUUUGAAAAAGACCUGGCCAAGCUCCAGCAGUUUAUUGAGAUCAACGCGACGGGCUUCCGCAAAAUCCUGAAGAAAUGGGACAAGCGGUCAAAGUCGCAGACCAAGGAGCUCUAUUUGGCGCGCCAGGUAGACGUGCAGCCCUGCUUUAACCGUGUAUUCAUAACAGAAAUGAGCGACUUGGCCGUUGCGAGCGUGCUCCAACUAGAGAGUCUGGCCGACGGGCACGAGCUGCCUUCUUCGACCUACAAGAACGAAACGUCUAUUUUGCGCGGCAGCCUGCCCAUGUCUGCGAGCAACCUGCCCGGAAAAAUUUUGUUGCACUCUAUGGACCCCAACAUGGACAAUGGCGUUCAGCCAGGGGACGGGCUUGUGUUUGACUCGGAGCGCCGCAUGGACUUUGAGGCGGAACGCGACUCAGCGGACGCACGCAACAAUGUGCUGCAUGAAAUGGGCGAGCAGCUCAUGAGCGCCAUCCACGAGUCGCGUAUCGACGAUGCCAACGUACUGAUUACCGAGUCAAGCCACCAAUUCCAUGCAGACAUGCACGAUACAUUUGGCAAAGACGCCGCGGCCGGAGAGGCCAGCGAUCCUCACGCGCCGAUUUCGAGUGGCAUUGCGCACAUGGUAUGGCGCGCGCUUGUCACUGCUCCCGACGAUGCCGUCCACGCGGCAAUCUUUGCCAAUGUCCCUGACUAUACAUUCAUCGACGACGUAAGCGCACGCACGACGCUGCACAUUAGCGCUCUCGCCGGAAAACUCGAGCUGGUCAAGGCCUGUGUCGAGCACGGCGUUGAUGUGCGACAGUGCGACGUGUAUGGACGCGAGCCGCUUGCGUACGCCGCGAUGCACGGCUUUGACGAGGUGUGUGCGUACCUUCUCUCUCUCCCGCAGACGCAGACGCGCGACAAUGCCAACGACGGACAAGGCUGCAUGGUCGAUAGUGUUGACCUCGACGGUUUCUCGCCGCUCAUCCACGCCGUCGUGCGCGGGCACACAAAUACCGUCCGCAUCCUGCUCGACUACACCGCCGCUAUGGGCAGCACACCGCGCGGAAAGACGGAGUCGAGCGAUCUGUCUCCGCUCGCGCUUGCCGCCCAAGGCGGACAUGUCGCCAUCUCGCGCCUGCUUCUCGAGCGCGGCGCAAAAGUAGAGCCCAACGUGGAAGGCCUGCUCCCGCAAACGCUCGCCGCACGCGCAGGCCACACCGAGUGCCUACGCCUCUUGAUGGACGCUGGUGUAGACGCAAAUGCCGUCGAAAAAGGCACGCUUUGGACGCCGCUCUUUUACGCCGCCGAGUUUGGCCAUGUAGACUGCCUGCAGCUUUUGCUCGAGCGCGGCGCCUCUAUUCUCCACGAAGACGAGAAGCAGCGCCACGCCGUGUUUUACGCCGCGUGGCAGGGCUGGAAUACGUGCACGCGCAUUUUGCUUGCCGCACAAGCGCAUUUGCCUGCUGGGCAAAUGCCCGCGACCGAGGUUGUGCACAAACUUUCUCCUGUUGCACUGACGCCAUCGUCGAGCGAGGUGAAUGUCGAGCUGGAUAUGGAUUUGGACAUGGAGGCCGAUGGCAUCCCUUCGCUGUACCUCCCGCCGCCCAUCAUUCCUUUCCGCACCUACGGCCACAACUACCUCGACAAGCACUCUUUGGUGUGCAUCACCCUGUCGAACCGCAGCAUUGUGCUUCCCAAGCACCCUGUGCCAGAUCGCCCAGAGAUUUUCCCCGGCCUCUCGUCCUCUCUCAAACUUGUCCUCACGCCCCGCUCGACCACGGGGGGCUCUGAUUCGUGCAUUCCCCACACGGUUGUUCUCCCCAUGGUCGAUGAGCGCGAAGAAAUUACGUUCCGCAUCGAAGAUCUUGAUCAUUUCCAGCUCGAGUGCGAGAUCUUCCCCAUGUUUGGCUCCUCGCGCAUUGCCAAAACGGUGCUUUUGCCCCAAGUGUUGCGCAGCGCCGUGUAUGGCACCAGCGUGCACCUUCCGCUGUUCGACUGGCACUUGAAUGUAGUAGGCCACAUCGACGCCAUGCUCGGCUGUGUGCGGCCUUUUGGCAGCGUCCAGCUCGAGAUCGGCGGGCGUGUCGAGACGUACUGGAAGAGCACCUUGCCGAGCAAGACCAACACGGCACAGCGCGCCAACACAGGCUUCAGCGUCAACUCGGGCGGCGCGGCGAUGGUCAUGGAGCCGCCACGCGCGAUUCCAGACGCGGUGGGCAACGACCGCGAUGCAUACGUCACCGCAUCCUCUCUCUCGGGCGAUUACUUGCGCAUUCCUGUGCAGUACACGAACGACAUGGUGCCUGUUGUCUGCGCAACAUCACAGCUGCCCGUGCCAAUAUGGUCGCCGGGUGUAAGGGAUGUAAAGCGCGCACAGUUUGAGCAGAUUGCGCGCGAGACGGGCCGUGCGUUUGACGUCUCCGCUGCCGAUGCACAGACGAUGCAUUUGGCAGACUGGAGCGCAAUGCUGCAGCAUUCCAUUGUCACGCUUGAGGCACUGCUGGCCGCUGUUCCGCAGCACGUUGGAUUUGCCAUCGAAGUCAUAUUUGAGACCGCGCCGACGUCGCCUCUCUCGCUCAAUGAGUGCAUUGAUGCGACGUUGCAGGCAGUAUACGAAGCGGCGGACAAGCAUCACAAAGACAAUAGGCGCAUGUUUUUCAGCAGCGCUUCGCCAGACGCAUGUGUUGCUCUGAACUGGAAGCAGCCUAACUAUGCCGUCUUUUUUAUCGCCAAGGAGACGCUCGCUGCCGACUCCGCCGCUGCGCUCGUGCCUUUUGGCGCCGAUCCGCGGCAGUCGAGCCUUGCCGAGGCGGUGCGCUUCGCCAAAGGAAACAACUUGCUCGGCAUCAUGGCCGAUACGGAUAUUUUGCUCAAAGUCCCGGAGCUCAUCCCGACCAUCAAGUCGGCAGGGAUGGUGCUUAUUACACUCAGCAGACCCGAUUCACAGUCACUUGGUGGGCAUACGCAGGCGGCCGGACUGCUCGGCGCGCCUGCAUUGGCGUACAAGGAAGUCUUUGACGGGUAUAUCCAGGAUAGCAUUGUGCAGUGUACCAAGUAG